GUGAACGCGGAGCUUUUAUUGACCCGGACGGACGCUGCACAGCUUUUGAUUAGCAUCCCAGCAGCAGGACUCCUGCCAGAGUUUUUUCUUUUUUUGUACCUGCUGCUUUGCUUCGAACCCUGUGUGAAGUUCCUGAGCGCUUUAUUUUUUUUUGGUCUCCAUCCUAAAUCGAGAUGCCAGCUGCACUUGCAGAUACGAGUCAGAUCAUCUGCGAGGUCUGGGCCAGCAACGUGGACGAGGAGAUGAGGAGAAUCCGGCAGAUCAUUCAGAAUUACAGCUACAUCGCCAUGGAUACGGAGUUCCCCGGCGUAGUGGUUCGACCCAUCGGAGAAUUUCGCAGCACUGUGGACUAUCAGUAUCAGCUCUUACGCUGCAACGUGGACCUUCUGAAAAUCAUACAGCUCGGGCUGACCUUCAUGAACGAAGACGGCGAUUAUCCACCCGGGACCACCACCUGGCAGUUCAACUUCAAAUUCAAUUUAACAGAGGACAUGUACUCUCAGGACUCCAUAGACCUUCUGCAGAACUCAGGCCUCCAGUUUAAGAAGCACGAAGAAGAAGGGAUCGAUACGCUGUACUUCGCCGAGCUGCUCAUGACCUCGGGGCUGGUGCUGUGCGAAAACGUGCGAUGGCUCUCCUUCCACAGCGGAUACGACUUCGGGUACCUGGUGAAGCUUCUCACGGACGCUCGGCUCCCGGAGGAGGAGCAUGAAUUCUUUCAAAUCCUGAACCUCUUCUUUCCCGCCAUCUACGACGUGAAGUAUCUCAUGAAGAGCUGCAAGAACUUGAAGGGUGGACUUCAGGAAGUAGCAGACCAGCUGGAGCUGAAACGGAUCGGGAGACAGCACCAGGCCGGCUCGGACUCUCUGCUGACUGGAAUGGCUUUCUUCAGAAUGAAAGAGUUAUUCUUCGAAGACAACAUCGACGACGCAAAGUACUGCGGUCGUCUCUACGGCCUGGGCUCGGGUUCCUCACAGACGCAGAACGGCAUCUCCAGCUCGUCGCAAGAUGAAGCCAACAACAAGCACUGACCUCCACUGUGACGCCGCCACGCACUUGUUUUUAACCCCCCAGAGAAAAGAGCAGAUCCUGGAUUUAUUUUUUUAAAUAUUUUUUUGUUUUGGUUUUCUUUCCUCCCUCUAUCAGUCUGCUACAUCCACAUUGGAAUGGUGGAGGGGGGGAUAAAAACGACUAAUCCUCUCUCCCUCUCUUUCUCUUUUUCUUUCUCUCUUUCGACACGGGUUCUGCUCUUACGCCCAGUCCUUUCGGCAAAAAAAAGAAAAAAUGGCGAUUUCCGAGCGCAUCAUUCCUCCUGGACGUUUUAUUCGUUUGUUUUACAGCAUUAACCAACUGAAGGAAAAAAAAAGUUUUUUAAGCACAGGACACGAGCACCUGGUCUCUCAGCUAACAGGAUUCACAGCGUUUUUAAUCUGCUCCACCAGCAGCUCGGCACAAACUUGUGUACGAUUUCUUUUUCUAAAAAAAAGAUAUAUAGAUAUAAAUAAAUAACCCCGAGGUGUGACGAGAUCCGAACAUCGUCCGGGUCCCGUGAGAAACAUCCGCUCAGUCCGUGUCGUGUAUUAAAAUGUACAAAAUUUUCAAAGCAGCCGAUAUUUUAGCGCUUUUUUCCUACGGAAAAAAAAAAAAUCCCUCAGUGUUUUAAAUCUGUGUUCAGGAUCACGGUGCAGCAGGAAUCCACUGGUUCUGUGCAGAACGUUUUUCCUUUUAAUUUGUCCGCCAUGAAACAGAUCGUUUGUGGUACUUUGUUGUUUUUAUUCCAUCCGAUGUUUGAAACACUUGUAUAUUAAAAUGUUUUCUAUCAA